AUGAACAUCAUGCUUCCAAGUGACACCAUCUUCCAGAUCUUUCUCAUAUUGCAGUUCAGUCUUGGUGUUCUAGGGAACUCAGCACUAUUGUUGUUAUAUAUACACACUUUCAUCUUCAGGCCUCAGUAUAAGAAGUUGAUAGAUUCAGUUUGUAUUCACCUGACAAUAGUCAAUAUUUUGCUGAUCGUAUUCCUAUUGACAAAAGAGAUCAUGUUAUCCUUUGGAGUAACCAAUUUUCUGGAUAAUAUCGGUUGUAAGGCAGUUUUGUUUUCAUUCAGAGUCAGCCGGGGUCUGUCCAUCUGCAGCACCUGUGUUUUAAGCACGUUCCAAGUCAUCACCAUCACUCCCAGUACUUCUAAGUGGGCCUGGCUUAAGCCUAAACUGUCUACAUGGAUUUUUUCUUCCUUACUUUGCUCCUGGCUUAUUAACAUACUCAUCUAUGGAUAUAUGCUUCCAAUGGUAGUAGCCAAAUCCAAUAAUACUAUUGUUGGCUAUGGAUAUACAGAUGGUUAUUGUGUAAACAAGCACCCUGGGAGCCAAAAUUUAGGGUCAUUUCUUAGCCUUAUCCUUAUUCAUGAUCUCUUCUAUGUGACCAUCAUGAUGUGGGCCAGCCUCUACAUGGUGAUUUUCCUCUACAGACACCGCAAGGGAGCCCAGCAUCUCCGCACCCCAAAUCUUUCCUCCCAGACAUCUCCUGAGCGCAAAGCCACCCACAGCAUCCUGUCUCUGGUUAGCUGCUUUGUGUUAAUUUAUUGGUUGAACAACUCUGUCACUCUUUAUGUCUUUUAUGCAAAGGAAAAAAUUCCAAAACUGGAGUCAGUAAAUUCACUUUUGACAACAUGCUACCCAACCAUCUGCCCUUUUUUACUCAUGAAGAAUAAUAAAGUUAUUCUGCAAUUCAUUUCUUCAUUUUCUGUACUGAGAAUGACCUGUUUUCAAAGUUCACUCCAUGGCUGA